UUAACAAGUCCCAGAAGAGCGGUGCGCUUCAGCUGCUUACCGCACCACACGGAGCGCGCACUGGUCAAGUGCAGGUUACUGGAGAAACAGGUGUGCGCAGUGCAGUGGUCACUCCAAGGGGUGUGGAUGAGGUGAAGACAUGGACAGGCUUUACGUUUAUUACGCGCUCUUAUUUUCAGUGGCCGUGUUCUCGGUUGUCUCCCCGGGCUUGGCGCGGUCUCUGAGGACCAAGCGGGGCCUGCUGGAGCUCGCGGGCGUCAUCAAGUGCAGUACGGGUCGCGUGGCGAUGGCAUACAUGAUGUACGGCUGCUACUGUGGGCUCGGCGGUCAGGGAUGGCCUCGAGACAAAGCCGACUGGUGUUGCCAUAAGCAUGACUGUUGCUAUGGUAAGGCAGAGGAGAUGGGAUGCCAGAGCAAGACGGAGCACUACAAGUGGACCUGCGAGAACCACACCUCCGACUGUGAGUCGAUGAAGGACAAGUGUGCGCGGGCGCUGUGCCGCUGCGAUCGCGAGGCUGCCAGGUGUCUGCAGAGGGCGCCGUACAAUACCAAGUACGCCAUGUGGCCAGACUUCAUGUGCGGAGACGACCAGCCCACCUGCGCCUACCACUGAGGAGGGAGAGGGGAAGGAACACACCUGGAUAUAUACACAGGGAUACAUGGAUACAUAUGCACAGGGAGAGAGUCGAGCCUAAGAGCCCACCCUUAAAUCGGCACACGUUUUUCUAUGUUUUAUACUCUUGUGAAACUUACAAAAUUCACUCAAAUAUACAUAUAUUAUACUAUAGCCUAUAUUUUAUGUUAACACUUAUUAUUUAUGUUUCACAUUUCUCACAUUGCCAUUUCCAAAAUGUAAACACCAGUAUAGUAAUGGUGAUAAUUGUAUCUAAUUUGAAAGGGAAAAUCUAGAGGUCGUUGCUCAAGAGAGAAACAUGCACAAGGGCAAUUACUUUAGUCACGUAAUGCAACCGAUUCUGCCGACAUUCCUUAAAUCAUUUAGCCUUUAAGAGUGUAUCGUCACACUGGUGUGUAGCGUCACACCGGUGUGUAGCGUCACACCGGUGUGACGGGGAAUCUUAGGGCAGUGAAAGUUCUAUAGAAUUCUCAGCGCCAUACAAUACAAUUUGUUUUUUUUAGAAUCUUGCAUUGUACACAUUCUUAGUACAGAAUGUUCAAAAUCCCACACUCUCAGUAGUUGUUUUGCAGCAUUCUAGAACCAGUUUACUGAAAACAUAAAUACAGAAUUUAUAACUGUAAGUUCCAAAUGUGUUUUUUUUUUAAACUAAGGGAUAUAUCAGUUGGACAAGACACAAUGUUUUAUUAAAAAACAUUUUAUUCA